AUGGCCAUCCUUCUUUGUGCGCAUGUUUAUAGUUAUACCAUUAUGGUUCUAUUGUUGUCUUCGUUAUUAGCCACUGCUGUUGAUAUUAUUACACAAUCUCAGCCACUGGUUGACGGCGGAACAACCACCUUGGUGUCUGAAAAUGGAAAGUUCGAGCUAGGUUUUUUCAGCCCAGGUAGUUCCACAAACCGAUACAUCGGAAUCUGGUUCAAGAACAUCCCAACUAGAAGGAUUGUUUGGGUUGCCAACCGUGAAAAACCAGUCAAAGGUAAUUCAGGGAAGCUGAGCAUUAACACAGAAGGAAACCUUGUGCUUCUAAGCCAGAACGAGACUGUUGUUUGGUUAGCAAAUUCAACCAAAAAAGCUUCAAGUCCAAUCGUACAACUUCUAGACUCUGGAAAUUUGGUUCUGAAGGAUGAACAAGACCAGAUCAGUCCACAAAACUACUUGUGGCAGAGUUUUGAUUAUCCUUCUGAUACUCUUUUGCCAGGAAUUAAGUUUGGAUGGGACCUUAGAACUGGUCUUAAUCGACAUUUAACGGCAUGGAAAAGUUGGGAUGAUCCUUCUCCAGGAGACUUCAGAAGUGAACUCAUGCUUCACAAUUUACCAGAAAUGGUCUUAUGGGAAGGCUCCACAGAGUAUCACAGAAGUGGCCCAUGGAAUGGUCUUGAUUUUAGUGGCACUCCUACAACGAUGGAAGAAUUAGUUCAUAAUAACUUAACAUUGGUUUCCAAUGAAGACGAGGUUUAUUUCAUAUACACUCCCGACAAUGAGUCAGAGGUUUCUAUAAGAGUUUUAAACCAAACAAAGCACGCUUUGCAGAGGCUUGUGUGGAUUGAAGAUGGAAAAACAUGGAAAUCUUUUGGUGAUAUACCAAGAGAUAAUUGUGAAAUAUAUAAUCUUUGUGGUGCAUUUGGAAAUUGCAUCAUCGUUGAUACAGCUAUAUGCCAGUGCUUGAAGGGAUUCAAGCCAAAAUCACCCAAAAACUGGGAAAUGUUUGAUUGGACAGGAGGGUGUGUUCACAGUGAACUAUGGAGCUGUAAGGUGAAAGGUAAAGACAGUUUCCUUAAAUUUAGUGGCCUGAAAUUACCAGAUAUUACAAAAUCUUGGGUCAAUACAAGUAUGACACUUGAGGAGUGCAAAGCCAAAUGUUGGGAAAAUUGUUCUUGUACUGCUUAUGCUAAUUCGGAUAUCAGAAGAGGAGGUAGUGGUUGUGUCAUGUGGUUUGGUAAUCUUACUGAUAUGAAACAAAUGUCAAAUGAUGUUGGUCAAGAUUUGUAUAUUCGAAUUGCUUCUGCAGAACUAGCUAACCAUGAAGGUAAUAAUGAAUACAAUAUAAAGAUAAUUGUGAUCUCAGUUACCGUUUCUGGAGUUCUUGUGAUGCUUCUCACAUUCUAUAUUUAUAGGAGCAAAAGAAAACCUAAAGCAAAUAACGAUGAAAGCUCGGAAGAAGAUUUGGAGCUUCCUCUCUUUGACUUUACAAUAAUAGCUAAUGCUACGCAUAACUUCUCCAUUGACAAUAUGCUUGGACAAGGUGGUUUUGGACCAGUAUACAAGGGUAUAUUAAAUGAUGGACAAGAGAUUGCUAUCAAGAGACUAUCACAGAACUCUCACCAAGGAAUGGAAGAAUUCAAGAAUGAAGUUAUAUUAUGUGCCAAACUUCAACAUCGUAAUCUAGCUAAAGUUCUUGGAUGUUGCAUCCAAGGAGAGGAGAAAAUGCUGAUAUAUGAGUACAUGCCUAAUAAGAGUUUGGAUUUGUUUAUUUUUGGCUCUUCUACCCAAACUACACCUCUAAAUUGGUCACAACGAUUUUACAUUAUAUGUGGGAUUGCUAGAGGUCUUUUGUAUCUUCAUCAGGAUUCAAGAUUAAGAAUUAUUCACAGAGAUCUUAAAGCAAGUAAUAUAUUACUUGACAAUGAAUUGAAUCCAAAGAUCUCCGAUUUUGGUUUGGCAAAGAUUUUUGGAAGAGAUCAAAUUGAAGAGAAUACAAAGAGAAUUGUUGGCACAUAUGGUUAUAUGGCACCUGAAUAUGCAAUCUAUGGGUUAUUUUCUACAAAAUCUGAUGUAUUCAGUUUUGGAAUAUUACUACUGGAGAUAGUGAGUGGAAAGAAAAACAGAGGAUUCUCCUCACCAAACCAAAGUCUCAAUCUUGUUGGACAUGCAUGGAGGUUGUGGAAGGAAGGAAUCCCAAAUAAAUUCAUUGAUGCAAAUGUGGAAGAAUCUUGUAUUGAACUAGAAGUAUUACGAUGCCUUCAUAUUGGUCUUCUUUGUGUGCAACACAAUCCUAAUGACAGACCAAACAUGGCAUCUGUGGUUGUGAUGUUAAGUAGUGAGGGUGACUUGCCUCAACCUAAAGAGCCUGGUUUCCUCUUGGAAUAUAUCCCAAUCAAUGCAGAAUCAUAUAAUUGCAAUCACACAAUAGAUUCAAUGAAUAGAAUUUCCAUCACUGAAUUAGAGCCCAGAUAAACAAUUGUUUUUUCCAUAUUGUUUAUACUGCUAUAUAGAACAAAUAACACUGAAAAUACAAGAAUAUUAGCAAAUUGCAAUAAAGCAAGCCAGGUUGGGCAUA